AUGGAUGAUUUAGUUGUUGUAAAUUUCUUAUCCAAAAAGAGAGUGGUUCCAAGUUCCCAGCAUUAUUCAAAAUCAGUUCGUGAUAUUGCAAGACUAAAUUUAAGCGCCCUGGAAAAAGAAGUAAAUACAUCUAGAAACCAACCAUCAGGCAGAAGAACACAAACUUCUAGACCGAUUAAGUCAUAUACAUCUCGAUCAAAUCAAGAAGGAAGUCAAUCUUCGCGUCCUGAAAAAACAAAGAAAGAAGUACAGAAAUUCGUUGAUCAUCAUAUACUAGAAAAUGUUAUUCAGACAAGACAUGCAGAAGCUAUUCAAGCUGAUCAAGAAGAGCAAAUUCAUCCAAAUAGAUUCAAAAUUGACAGAAGAAAUCUUCCUCCCGAGCAAAGGCCUUCAGCAAGACCUCAUUUCAGAUAUUAUUAUUGGGGAUGA